UUCUGGAAUUGUGAAUAUGUUUUGGUACCAUCAAGACACCAUAAAGAAUGGUCACCAAAUUCAUCAAACUGUGAUUGGAAUGUGUGGUGCGUGGAAAAAAUGGCUGAGGUCAUUUUUGACGAUGAUUACAACCACUUGGUAUGUUAAACAUUUUAUGGUAUUCAAUAAUGUUUUUUAAGUUGUCAAAACCUCUUCACAACUGAUGUUUCAAGCAAACAUAAAGAGUACAAAUCUUAGGUAUUUUGGUAGCCAAUUCUUGGUGUAAUUAUCAUGAAAAUAUGGUACAGUUUGUACGAAAUAAAGUCGAUAGCACUGUAUGCAAAUUAAAGUGAGUCGAGUAUUUCCGUGCAACGCUGUUGUGUGAACGGUGCAAAUAACAUUGUUUACGAUCAGGCGUCUGGAAAAUUCGCUGGUAAUCUGAGAGUGGCAUAAUUUGUUGUGUACUAAAGUGACUCAAUAUUACACACCUUAUGCUGUGGACGAGACGACUGAGGUAUGGCGUCUGAUCAUAGUGCUAGCAAUCGUGUUAGCACUUUCCAGAGAAGAAACGCAGAAAAUGGUCAUGCGACUUUAUCACAACGACUAAGUCGUGCUGAAUACGAUGAACUUCGAGGAAAUGGCACAAACGAACAAGGCAGUGAUAAGAUUUCUGGACCAUUUGAAGGAAAUUCAGGUGCUGAUGAGAGCAUGCCAAAUGAAGGGGAAAUUGAAAAAAGAUUUGAAAACUUGCUGGAAAAAUUGACCCUUGAUCCAGACCAGGUAACUGAUUUGCAAAGACACCCAAUUCAACACAAAUGGAAAUUGAUUCAAGCAAAGGAAAUGGUUGAACCAAAACAUUCCUCUCAAUUCUAUGUCAGUCAGUUACAAAGACACAUGGAUGAGGCACUUCAACAACAUACAAAACCGCCCAAGAAGUUGAUCAAAGAUCUUGAACCAAAGGAAGUUAUAUUGAGAUCACUGGAGGUGGAUGUGAGAACACAUCCAAAUACAACCUGGUUACGUGAGUUCCUGGAUGAACCAUACAAUGGUCACCAAGUGUUGAUUGACUUCAUGUCGUUCUUACACAAGAAUCCACCACCUCCUCCUCUGUCACAGGAUCAGGAACAAAAGAAAAGCCAAAAAAGCUCAAAAUCUGGUAAAAGAAGAAAGAAAGUGAUGGCUAGGAGUCAUGCUGAUGAACACAUGUGUUUGAUGUGUAUCAAAGCGUUGAUGAGAAAUAAGUUUGGUCUUAAGUCAGUGCUAGCCGUGAAAGACACGCUGGUGUACGUGGUUAUGUGUUUACAAAUUGACAAUAUAAAGACAAAGAUCCUGGCGAUUAAGCUUCUCUAUGCUGCUUGUGUAAACGACAAGUAUCAUCAUUUGGUUAUUCAAGCUCUCGAGUAUUACCGCACGGCGACGAAGGAACUGCAAAUGUUUUCUACGUUGGUGGACUUUCUCUAUCAAGAACCAGUGCAGCCUGGUUUGCAGGCAGUAACCAUGGCAUUAUUAAACGCGGUGGUGAAUAACUCGCCUUCGUACAACGAUCGAGUUUUCCAUCAGCAGCAAAUCGUUGUCGCAGGUUUCAGUGAACAACGUCUGGAGAAGAGCCUGGAGGAUUUAGACGCGGCCCCGGUGAGGGAUGAACUGAGGAUAUGGAAGGAGAAUUAUGUGAACAUACAGGACCUCAUGGACGAAUAUGGACAACUGAAGGAAAGAUCCCAACUUUUGAGGGACGAGGUUGAUCUCUUGUCAGGAAAGCUUGAGGAUAUACAACGAGAGAAGAAUGAAAUAGAAAGACAGAAGAAAGAGUUUGAAGAAAAAGCAGAAAACUUCCAAUUUCGUGCUACGGAGUUACAAACGGAGCUUGAGAAAAUACUGAAAAGUCCAAAUAAAGAAGGCAUCAAUACUUCAUUAUUGGAACCACUGAAUGCAGACCUGCCACCACCCCCACCGCCCGCUCCUCCACCACCCCCCGGAGGACCACCACCACCUCCAUUUCCAGGUGGAGCUGUCCCUCCUCCUCCUCCACCGGGAUUCACAGGUUCAUUGAACGCCGGGGGACCUAAACGCAAGGUCAUGAGCAAGAAGAAAUUGCCCAUGUUAAACUGGGCGCCGGUUACUAACACACAGAAGACGAUAUUUGAGUCUAUGGAUGACGAGAAGCUCGCUGUUCAACUAAAUCUCAACGAUUUCGAAGCAAUGUUUGAAUUGAAGACGAAUGAAAUGAGCGAGGAAGUCAGGCUUAAGAAGGAAGCUGCUUUAAAAAGACUAGCAGAACAAAUAACAAUCAUCGAGACGAAUAGAGCUAGAAAUUUGGUUAUUGCAAAAAGAAGGAUCGGAUUCUCACCGAAGCACAUCAAACAACACAUUGAUAACAGCGAUAUUUCUGAAUUGAGUUCAGAAUUUGCUGAACUGCUUUUGAAGUUUAUCCCAACGAAAGAAGAGUUGGCAGGUCUUUCCAAACACGCAGAUGAUUACGACAAACUCGCCGAAGCUGAGCAGUUUAUGUUUGAAUUGGCAAAAGUGAAACGCUACGAAGCUAAGCUGAGUAUCUUGGCAUUUGUUGGUGUGUUUGAUGAAAUAAUGUCAUCAGUUGUACCGAAAAUCGAUGCUGUGAUGAGAGCAUCUUUGAGUAUUUUGAAUAGUAAAAAACUGAGAAAGAUAUUCGAGAUUAUCCUCGCCUUUGGUAACUACAUGAACGGCACAAGAAAAAAAGUCGCAGCCGGAUUUAAGCUUGAAUCACUUUACAAGCUUCCUGAUGUGAGAUCAACAGAUCGUAAAAUGUCGCUUCUCAAUUUUGUCGUCAACACGGUGAAAACACACUUUCCGGAACUACACUCCUUUGCUCAAGCACUUGAUUUGGAAGACGCUACUCAAGUGUCCAAGCAAACGUUGAACAACGAUAUUCAGAGCUUGAAGAAAGGAAUUGACCUGACCAAGAAAGAAAGAGAUAAACAACCUGAGAAUUUUGUUCUAUUUAGUUUUUACAAUCGAGCUUUUGGUAAAGUUCAAAAAGUGAGCGAAAAAUAUCGUAAGAUGGAAGAAAAAUAUACAGCGGCUUGUGAAAUGUUUGGGGAAGAUGGUAAAAAGAUUGAACCUUCUGAAUUCUUCAAAUACUUCCAAGAUUUCAUAAUGAUGUACUUUAAAGCGGAAAACGAGAACGAGGAACGAAAGAAGCAAGCGGAAGCACAGCGUCAGGCUGAGAUCAUGAUGAGAAAUCAAAAGAAUAAAGCGAAAACGCUGCCGUCCAUCGAGAAGGCCUGGAACUACACUCACGAUUCAGAUGCUUAUGAUGACGAAGACGAUGAUGACGAUUCCUCGUCGGGGGGUUCCGACUCCUCGUGAGAGAUGUUUCGUGUUAGGCGGCUAUUUAAGAUUAUGCGUAAUAUUAUUUAACAACGUGGAAAGGAUGACUUGGCGAGCGUCGUGAAACGAAGCGAGGGGUGGAAAGGUAAAACGAAGGACCCAGGAUUCAAGUGUGAUUUUCUGUAAGAACCGAAAACAUUUUCUGACUAAAAACACAUUUUUGAUCAAAAAUUCGUACGUACGCAUCAGAUUUUUAAGGUAUUUUUCUUGUACAUAGAAUUGAAUCGAUAUUUUGUAUAUUUUGACAAGUGGGUAAGAAAAUAUAACAACCAGUGAAUUGGG